CCGACGCCGGGCCGCAGAGAUGGGGCGUCCCCAAAUGACAACGCGCCCCUGGAGGGGGCCUUUCCUUGGGGGGGCCCGAAGACGGUGGUGCUGCGGAAGAGCACCCAGGGAGGGGGGUUUGGCUUCACCCUCCGCCACUUCAUCGUUUACCCCCCCGAGUCGGCGGUGCAUUCCCCCUCCAAGGAAGAGGAGAAUGGGAACCGGGCAGGUCCCCCCCGGAGCCGCCUGGAGCCCAUGGACACCAUCUUUGUGAAGAAUGUAAAGGAGGACGGCCCGGCGCACCAGGCAGGGCUGCGCACUGGGGAUCGGCUGGUCAAGGUGAAUGGGGACAGCAUCAUAGGGAAAACCUACUCGCAGGUCAUCGCUCUCAUCCAGAACAGUGACAAUGUGCUGGAGCUCUCCAUCAUGCCCAAAGAUGAGGACAUCCUCCAGCUGGCCUAUUCACAGGAUGCCUACCUGAAGGGCAACGAGCCGUACUCCGGUGGGGCACAGAGCAUCCCCGAGCCGCCCCCCAUCUGCUACCCACGCAAGACUUACCCCUUCCAGGCACGGGGCUCUGAGCCCCCCCCGGGCGCACCGCCGGACCCCCGCUCCCACCACCCCGCCGGCCCCUCGUCCCCGCACAGCACCGCCUACAGCAAAGCAGGGGGCAGCCCCGCACACCGCCCGGAGGAUCCACGCGCCGGGGGUCCCCCGCAUCACCCCGCAGCUCCCCACGGCCGCCGCAGCGGCUGCCCCGAGCGCUACGGCGUUUUGCCCGCCGCCCCUUCCGGCUACGGGACCCCGAAGCACGUGGCGGAGCACCGGACUCAAUGCGGCCCCCGGGAGGGCAGCGCCGUGCGGCCGCCGGGUCGCCAGGAGUGCCAGCGGGCGCUGUCGCGAUGGUUUUGCAGCCAGGAGCCGCGGCGCAGCGCCUCGGAGGAGCGCCGGCACGCCAUGCCGCCCCGAUCCCGCAGCGUGUCCCAGGAGAGGUUGGGGGGCUCGGCGCACCGCCGGGGUUGGCCCCAUAGCGCAUCGCACGAUACCCUCCUGCAGCCCAACCGCGAGGCGUGGGCGCAGCACCGGGCGCGCUCCGAGCACCAGCUGGGCAGAUGCGGGCGUUCCAUGGAGGCUCUGGAACCCGCAGCUCUGCUCUCCCCGCGCCUCGACCGCUCCGCGUGGCAUCCCGAGAGGCUCUGCAGAGCUACGGCCGCGGCGCAGCCCGGCGUGCACGGCUCCUUCGUGCCCUCCUCCUCCUCCUCCUCCUCCUCCCCCCCCCCGCGGGACCCGGCGGUGCAGAAGCACCCGUCGCAGCCCAACCUGCAGAGCGUGGACGAUUCGGGUUACAUCGGCUACCGCAGCUACAGCCCGUCCUUCCAGCGCCGCACGGGGCUGCUGCACGCCCUGUCCUUCCGCGACCCGACCUUCGGCGGGCUGCCCACCUUCAGCAUCGCGCACACAGCGGCCCCCGCCGCCCCUCCACCGCCCCCCGAAGCCCCCCGGGAGCAGCGCACGGAGAGCGGCCGUGCGGAGGAGCGACGCGAGGAGGUGGUGCUGCGGCAGAAGCCCCCCACGGGCCGCAAGGUGCAGCCCCCGCUGCGGCAGAUGAACUUUGUGUUCGCUGGGAGGGGGAAGGAGGCGGACAUUUGUGACCCCCCCGCAGCCAGCAGCAGGGAAGAGAGGUCUGUGAGCGAGCACGCGGGCCGCCGUGUGGCCCCGUUAGCAGCCCCCGAGGACUCGCUGGCAUCCAUCCCCUUCAUUGACGAGCCCACCAGCCCCAGCAUCGACCUGAAGGCCAAGCACAUCCCUGCCUCCUCCGUUGUCUCCAGUGCCAUGAACUCGGCGCCCGCCGUGGCCACCAGCCCCUCCUCCUCACCCACCUUCGCCUUCGCCCUGAGCCGGCACUACUCACAGGACUGCAGCAGCAUCAAGGCCGGCCGCCGCUCCUCCUACCUGCUGGCCAUCACCACCGAGCGCUCCAAGUCGUGUGAUGAUGGGCUGAACACAUUUAGGGAUGAGGGGAAGAUCCUCAGGAGGAUGCCCAGCCGGGUCCCCAGCCUCCGCAUGCUGAGGAGCUUCUUCACCGAUGGGUCUCUGGACAGCCUCGGUACGUCUGAAGACACCCGCUCCAAACGGCACUCCACCUCUGACCUGUCGGACGUCACGUUCAGCGACGUCAGGAAGGAGGGCUGGCUGCACUACAAGCAGAUCCUCACCAAAAAGGGGAAGAAAGUUGGCGGAGGCCUCCGGCAGUGGAAGCGCGUCUUCGCGGUGCUGCGCACCCACUCGCUGUACCUGUGCAAGGACAGGCGGGAGGCGGUGAGCUGCGGCCCGGCCCCAGGUGAGGAGGAGCAGCCGAUCAGCAUCCGAGCGUGCCUGGUGGACAUCUCCUACAGCGAGACCAAGAGGAAGCACGUCUUCCGCCUGACGACCGCUGACUUCUGUGAAUAUCUCUUUCAGGCAGAGGAUCGGGAAGACAUGCUGGCCUGGAUCAAAGUCAUCAGGGAGAACAGCAAGGCCGAGGGCGAGGACCCCGGUUUUGCCAGCCAAGCACUUAUCAACAAGAAGCUCAACGACUAUCGGAAAGUGAGCCCGGCGGGUGCCAAGCCCGACUCCUCACCCAAGGGCUCCCGUGGGCUGGGGAUCAGAGCCGAGUUCCUGAAGCAGACGGGAACCAGUGCACCCCGGUCCCCGAGGCAGGAUGCGGCCGUCACCAAAGAUGAAAGCAGCUCCCAAAAAGCCCCUUGGGGCAUCAACAUCAUGAAGAAGAACAAGAAAUCUGCCCCUCGAGCCUUUGGUGUGAGGCUGGAAGACUGCCAGCCCGCCCCAGAUAACAAGAACAUCCCUCUGAUCGUCGAAGCCUGCUGCAAGGUGGUGGAGGACCGUGGCCUGGAGUACAUGGGCAUCUACCGUGUGCCUGGGAACAAUGCUGUGGUGUCCAGCCUGCAGGAGCAGCUUAACAAGGGAGCCACUGAGAUCAACCUGCAGGAUGAGCGCUGGCAGGACCUGAACGUCAUCAGCAGUCUGUUAAAAUCCUUCUUCCGAAAGCUGCCUGAGCCCCUCUUCACCGACGAUAAAUACAACGAUUUCAUCGAGGCCAACCGGAUAGAGGAUGCCAGUGAGAGGAUGAGGACGCUGCGGAAGCUGAUCCGGGAUCUGCCAGGGCACUACUAUGAGACGCUCAAGUUUCUGGUGGGUCACCUGAAGACCAUCGCUGACCACUCGGAGAAGAACAAGAUGGAACCCCGAAACCUGGCGUUGGUGUUUGGUCCCACGCUGGUGAGGACGUCUGAGGACAACAUGACAGACAUGGUGACGCACAUGCCCGACCGCUACAAAAUCGUGGAGACCCUCAUCCAGCACGUAGGUGGAGCCACCCUAUGGGCAGCGUGGGGGUCCUGCUGCACCCCUGGG